AUGUUAACCACUGAUUGUUCCUCACCUGAAGUAAAAAGCAAAUACUUUAAAACAGAUAUUAAUCAUGACGUGACCGCGUUUCAAGGCAAUGUGUCUGGAACUAUAUUAGUUACUGAAGCCUUUGCUAAUGAAAAUUCUAUUCUCAAAAAUACCUUCUCUGUUAAGCAAAAAGCAUUGACCCUCGAGGAAAGACGCUUAAAGAAGAAACGGAUGCUUGCGUUAAGUCCGAAAAAAACUGCUGAUAAAAAUUCAUAUUCUCACCUAUCGGACUGUUUAGUGCAAAGUCAAAUUAGCGACGUGUUGGCACCAGCAAUCACUAUUAUUGAUUCGAAUAAUGUAGAAAACACAACGCAAUAUGCCUCAGAGCAAGUUGACGUGAAUAAA